GAGGUAUUUGUUUAGUACAAGAAUUGACAUCCAAACGCUAUGCUGGCUGUUACCUUAUUGUUCGUCGUAACCAAGUUUUGUGUAGCUACUGGCGCCUUAACUACUAUUGUACCCUCACAAGGAACCUGUAGACAUGGAUGGAUUAAUUUUCACGACUCGUGUUACUUAUUUUCCCAUACUGUAUUAAGUUGGCCUGAAGCUGAAGAAGCAUGUAAGAUUAUCCACAGUGACCUAGCCACAGUGCAGACACAAGAGGAGGUCAGAUUUCUCAAGUCAUACCUGAAUGGCAUACACGCAGCAAAUUAUCCAGCGUUUGGGUAUUGGAUCAACGGCAACGACCUUGAGGUGAACAAAGAGUGGCAAUGGUCCUCAAUCCAAAAGCCUAUGAACUACACGGACUGGGGACCAGGGGAGCCUAGCAAUCAUGCAAAUGAAGAUUGUCUUCUUCUCUGGGGGGCGUUUCACUUCAAGAUGGGCGAUUACUACUGUUACGUUCGCAGAAACUACAUUUGCCAGCAAAAAACCCCAGUCGUCCCAAAUGCAAAUCUCUUAGACGGAUGGAUCUCAUUUGGGUGACGGUGUGACAGUGCAGCUUGUCUGUGAAUAACGCAUCACGUGAACUUAUUAAACAGCAUUAAA